UCCUUCAUCUUGCUGCAGUGCACUGAUAUCCUUCAUCUUGCUUCUCAUGUGAGUACUCUCUGGUUAUGGAGAAGAGUAUUCUUUCAUGGAGUCCACCUUAAGCUUGUCAGGUACGGUUUCCCUUGGUUUCGUAUUAGAAGUCAGUGGCAAACCUCUUAAAGAAGUGGGAAGAGGAAAGAGGAACUUUGCGUCACACGGUUGACUAUGGAUUGAGCUGAAGACUCCUUUUCCUUCUGGUUUCCUUGGAUCUGAGCAAGACAGUCCCCCAUCCCCAUUUCUACCUGCUCACGAAGUGCAAAGUGAAGACGCCCAUUAAUUCCUGGGAGCUGUUGCUGCCUUGCCUUGCUCUGCAGUCGGUGUUAGGAGCUCUUGUUCCAGCUCCGAGGAUGAUGCUGGCAAACAAUGGAGCUCUGUACCCAGUUCUUGGCCUUGCAUCUUGUGUUGCCCUCGUGUACAUGUCUUUUGGAGACCUGGCCUUGGAUCUGAGCACCCAUGCGAGAGAGCCUGAGAUGAGCUUUGUGGGAAGGAACGGAACUCGGUUCACCAUGGACGGCAAAGCAUUCUACGUGAAUGGUUGGAACUCCUACUGGCUGAUGGAUCAGGCUGUGGAGGAGAUCAGCAGGCCAAGGGUGAAGGCAAUGUUCCAAGCGGGUGCCAAGAUGGGGCUCACGGUUUGCAGGACCUGGGCGUUCAACGAUGGCGGCUACAAUGCCCUGCAAGUCUCUCUUGGACAUUUCGACGAACACGUCUUCCAGGCAUUGGAUCGAGUCAUAGUGGAAGCAAAACGGCAUGGCAUUCGGCUGCUGCUGAGCUUAGCUAACAACUUGGAGGCUUAUGGAGGAAAGACUCAGUACGUGAAAUGGGCAUGGGAAGAAGGAAUCGGGCUGAGCUCCUCCAACGAUUCCUUCUUCUUCGAUCCAUCCAUUAGAAGUCACUUCAAGACAUACUUAAAGACCGUACUGACAAGGAAGAACCGCUUGAAUGGGAUUCAGUAUAAAGAUGAACCCACCAUUUUCGCUUGGGAACUCAUGAACGAACCCCGAUGCAUGUCUGAUCCAUCUGGUGACACCCUCCAAGACUGGAUCGAAGAAUUGGCAGCGUACGUGAAAUCGAUCGACAAAAACCAUCUCCUAACAGUAGGACUGGAGGGAUUCUACGGCCCUGCAAGCUCACCAGAGAAGCUAAAGGUGAAUCCCGGACAAUGGUUCGGCACGCUUGGCUCCGACUUCAUCAGAAACUCCAAAGUCUCAGACAUAGACUUCGCCUCCGUCCACAUCUACCCUGAUCAGUGGCAAGUCGGUGCAGGGCUCGAAGAGAAGAUGAAGUACAUCUCCGGGUGGCUGACCUCACACAUCGAGGAUGGCGAGGAGGAGCUCAAGAAACCUGUGCUGUUCACGGAGUUUGGCCUGUCAGAUAAGAGCAGGGACUUCGAUCACGCCCACCGCGACGUCUUCUACGAGUCCAUCUUCGACGUCGUCUACGAAUCUGCGAGGAGGGGGGGAGCUGGUGCAGGUGCUCUGGUGUGGCAGUUCAUGGCGGCAGGCAUGCAGGAGUACAGUGAUGACUUUGGGAUCGUACCGGAGGAGAGGUCGUCCAUGUACAGGCUGAUAAAGAAGCAGUCGUGCAGGUUGAUGAGACUGAGCCACGGGAGGGAUUGGAUGAAGAGGAGGGACUCUGAGACCUUCUGUGCAGAGUAAAACGCCUGCAUCCAUUUUUGUUCUGCUACUUUCCAGUGGAGCUCACCGGGGGAGAUGAGGUUUAGUUUGUGGAAGUAUAUAAUUAAUUCUUUUUGUGGAGUCAAUAUAACUCCUA